GUUAUGUCACAAAAAAAGGUAACCUUCUCAGACUUAAUGGUAUGUACUAAGAGACCUUUAAGGGUCAACUCAUCCCAAACACAUGACGGGAAGUAGCUGAUAAGACAAUCGCCAAACCUGCCCAUGACUUCAACCAGUUAGGGGACAAAACUCUUGAAUUAACUCAAGCAACAUGUUGAUCAAGUUGAUUCUAGUCUCACUGGUCUGCAAGAUUACUCACUCAUUCUGGUUAAGUUCCGACCCUGAAAGUAUCAACUUUAACUCCCCUGGACCACUUCGACUCGAGUGUAAAUACAGUUCCAAUGUCGGCACUACGUUCGUCAGUGUCCAGCGCAUUAGGAUAGACAAGCAAGUGAAUGGAGUCUGGUCACUCAUAGCAGAACUAGUGGACAAUAACCAGUGGUCUGUCAUCUCUGGAGCGACAGCUCUCGGCUCUCUGGCAUCUCCAACUAGCACAUAUUUGGAAGUGACAUGGAACACGGUCACCCCUGACCUCCUAGGUAUCUAUAGGUGUGAACUGAUUGGGCUCAACUCAAUUAAUGACUUCAUUGUAGAGAAGACGCCAUCCGUCACGGUUGCAGAGACACCAGUCUCAACUGCUACUGUCUCAGAAAUUGUUAAGAAUGAGACAGACGCAAUAAGACAAGAGUUUGAAGCUUAUAAGACUCGCACUGACCAAGAGUUGUCGGACAUCCUUAACCUGAUCAGAGAGAAUCAAUUAUCACAGCUCAAUUACUUGGAAGAAUUGAGCGGGAAUUUUACGAACCAGAUCAGCUCUCUUUCUAACAAUUACGACUCGUUGAAUGCACGAGUGACUGCCCUUGAGAACUCUGGUUGUGGGUGUAGUGCAGGAGAGUCUACCACACAGGCACCCCCGGCGUUGAUUGGUCAGCAAUGGCCAGUUGGAACUUACGGGCUUUAUCAACCUCAGGCCGGUUGCCCACAGGACACUUCUACUACCCAGUGGACGACAGGUUACAGAAGACACCACACAGUAUCUGGAGCCAACAUGGAUGAAGUCUCCCCAGGAUCUCACUUUGCGCAGCCUGUCUUGUCCACUGUAGGAAGUAAUCAUUACUUCUUUCAGCGCUUCUGUAUGGUGGACAGCCUCUCCACAGGCCCAUCCUGGCCCAUCGGCUCGUACUGUAUCAACAGGAAGGGUGGAGCUUGCCCUGGUGGUUUCAACUCGGGCUACAUCGAGAUAGACGACAACGGCACCGACCAAGACAUAGUGUCCGGUUCUUUACCGGACGGUACAUAUAGCACCAUUACAAGAAUCUAUUAUUGCUGCCGUGUCGAUGGCAACGCCGAGACGCCCAUAUCUCUUCCCAACACACGACCUUUCUACUUGUAUAGAAUAGGCGUGGUCUGUCAGAAGGUCGCCAACAUGACUGUCUCACAGGAGUGGUUCUUGAUCGACACGUCCAACGCUAACAAUCUAGAUAGAUUCGAGAACGUCUGGCAUCCGGAUGCCGCAUUGAACGAUAUCCGUAUUCAGCUGUGUUAUUACAGCCCAGUUUAACCCAUUGAUGUUCAGUGUAACCCAUUGAUGUCCAGUUUAACUCAUUGAAGUCCAGCGGCUAUUACCUCAUAUCCUAGAAAUGUAUUCCGUUUUCUUUCAAAUUAUAUGUUCUCUUUUUAUAUGCAAAAGACAUGACACAUUGUUUUCAAAUAAAUUAUUUGCUUUCAAAAUAA